AUGUGGAGAAGGGCUUCGUGUGAACAGCAGUUGGACACGAGGAAUCCGGUUCACAUUCCGGAACCUGGCACCGGAACCGUACCAAUUUGUGGUCGGAUCCCGAUUCCGCUCGGUAUACGAGUUCUCGCGUCCGAGUCAGGAACGGAAUUCGUCGGGGUAACCCAACAAAACCCGGAGACGCCGUCUGGAGAUCCCGAAAGAGUUUUCUUUUCUCUAUGA